AUGUCAUCUGAUGAAGCGAACAUAUUUGCAUGCAUAGAGGAGAUGGGUAUCCGUACAUUCUCUCAUGAGGAGAUGUCGUUCAACAUACUUUGCCUCCUGUCCCAGCAAAUGGAGGAUAUCGCUCAUGACUAUCCUUUAAUUGGGAACUUUAAUGGAGGGAUGAUGUCUAUUGACAGCUUUAGGAAUACAUUACUGGAUCGGCGCUUAACACGAAUGGCAAAUGCCAGUAUAAUGCGACGUAUGCACUACGAUGCAUGUACUGCCAUUUCAAUCGAACAAAAAGAUAGCCCUAUAUAUAUGGCGCAUGCAAACAAAACGAUGCCUCGGGCCCAGCACCGGAUUGACUCCCCAUCCAUAAAAUCAUACGAGCAGCUCGAUCACCUAAGAUAUCUGGAAGGCAUGGUUGACUUGGAUAAGAUUGUUGUUGUGACAGGUUAUGGAGAAGUUGGGGCAUUUGGAAAUGCAGCCUUACGCUGGGAGCAAGAGGCGCAUGGUAUGUUCUCGAUGGAAGGCUGCAUUGAGUUGGCAUGGAUGAUGGGACUGAUCAAGAGAUUCAGUGGCGAUCAUCCAGGAACAAGGGGCUACUACAUUGGGUGGGUUGAUGCAAAAACACAGGAGCCAGUGCAUGACAGGGAUGUCAAGGCUAAAUACGAGCCGUAUAUCUUGGAGCACACUGGAAUUCGUGUUGUUGAGCCACAAGUUUGGGGUGAGGAUGCGGUUGAUAUGAAGUCAUUCAUGCGUGAGCUUCAGAUCGAUCAGGACAUGCCUCCGUUUGAGACCAGCGCCGAGGAAGCAGCCCAUUUCAGGCGGGCUAAUGGUGAGAAAGUUGACACAUGGGAAAACCCUGAUGGAACGUGGUCUGUCAGAUUCCUUAAAGGUGCUGUUGUCCAUGUGCUAAAGGCAAUUGAAUAUGGCCCUGCAGUUGCUUCACAAUUACCGACUGGGUGGGAUCCAGCUCGACUUGGAAUACCCAAAGACCUUGCACAGAAUAUGGAUAUAGUAAACCAUUACACGCUUAUUGCUGCGAUGGAGGCCCUCCUUAGAUCAGGGAUAACUGAUCCUUAUGAGCUCUAUCAAUAUUUCCAUGUUUCGAAAGUUGGGCAUGCUGUUGGCUCUUGCUAUGGAGGUACACAGAGCAAUGUCAAUAUGAUACGCAACAGAUAUCUGGAUAAAGGUGUAAGCUCCGAUGUGUUUAUCGAAAGCACUAUCAACAAUAUCAGCGCAUGGCUCAAUAGGCUUCUAUUCUCAGCAUCUGGUCCAUUAAAGCCGACAGUAGGCGCAUGUGCCACUUCGGCAAUUGCACUAGAUCUUGCUGCUGAAUCGAUCAUUCUGGGUAAAGCGGAUGUCAUGAUCGCUGGUGCUGGAGAAGGGUUUGCAAAUGAUACUGCAUAUGAGUUCAAUGUGAUGAGCGCCACAGCAAGUGCCAGUGAUGAGCUAAGAAAGGGGAGAGCCCCACAGGAAAUAUCGAGACCAUGCACAUCUACCAGAUGUGGAUUCACCGAGGGCUAUGGCUCAGGUAUUUCCAUUCUAAUGUCGGCAUCUGCUGCACUUAAAAUCGGGGCACCCAUAUAUGGCAUUUUAGCCAUGUCUGCAACUGCUACAGACAAGUCAACGCGCAAUAAUACCAGCUCCAGGCCAAGGAAUACUGUCGAUAGGGAGGGGAAGCCUUACUCCUUCGGACCAUCAGUUGCUUGACAUUAAUUUCCGGAGGCAGAUGCGCGACCAGCAAUUAGCAGCACUUGAUACUUUGGCUGGCUGUCAUAUGGUUGAAAAGAUGAAAAACAGGAUGAAAUCAGCAUGGGGCAACGACUUUUACAAAAUGGGCAAAUCAAUAUCGCCUCUGCAUGCGGCACUUGCAACAUGGGGUCUUGAUGCAGAUGAUAUUGGGCUAUCG